AUGACGAGCCUUAAACUAACUCUCCCAGUGCUAAGCAUUUUGCUUCUCCUUAAAAAUUCUGUGCAACAAAAAUUUCCCUACGAUCUGUUAAAAGAAAUCGAUGGACAAACAAAAGAAAACUACGUACUAUCCGUUUUUAAUAUUGAACUAAUUCUAUAUGAGAUCUACGCCAGCAAAGCUAUUGAAAAUAAUACCGUAUUAGAGAGAAACUUUAAAACAGGACUAGGAGGCCCCGAAGAAACGAAUAAAUUACUGGAAUGGGGCUUAAAAUACAAAAAUGCCUCUACAGCCACAUUCGUGAUGGCUAGUAAAGUGGUCGUGCCCCAGGAUCAACCUCUCGCAAAGAAGUUAAGUAUAAUAUCUGAUUUGCUAAUGAGAAGUGCUAAAAGGAGUGAUGUAGACAAGGAUAUCAAAGUCUCUAAAGAUUUGAAUAGUUGGUUGGCUGAAAAAGUGGAUCCUAUACGAGCCGCCUUUGUUGAACUCCAGAAGAAUAACAGUAAACUCAGUAACAAAAUAGCGGCCAUCAGUGGAACAUUAGUUACUCCACUUUGGAGACCUCCUUUUAAAUCUCUGCUUAAUAGAUACUUUGUCAAAAAAUAUGGCCCAGAAUAUCCGAAUAUGCCACUAUGUGUGCCCAUGAUGCACUCUUUGUAUUCCCUUAGAACAAUGGCCACAGACGAGGCCACGGGUAUAUUCAUUCCAUUCUCAGCCACAGACAUCGGCAUGCUGAUUCUCCUGCCGAGGGAAGGUGUAAGCUGUCAGGACAUUAUAAAAAAUCUGAAAACCCAGACUAACAAGAAAUUAAGUGAUCCGAGGGAUAUUAACUUGAUACUGCCCAUUUUCAAGGUCGCAUUCGAACAAGACAUUAGAAAUGCGUUGGCUAAAACUGAUGUGGGUAGCAUAUUUAAAGAUUCAGCGCUUGACUCAAAGACUAACAUAGAAAUCGAUGAAUUCCUGGUAAAAACUGUCGUUCAAUUUAAGCCCAAUAAUUAUUUAGCUAAAGUGGAAGAUAUUAAUACUAAGAAAGCAGACAAAUUUGAAGUAAAUCGUGCAUUUGUGUUUGUCAUCAAGGACAAAGAUUCAAUAUACGCAGUAGGACGAGUUGAGCAGUUGGAUGGAUUAGCUGAGAAAGUUAAGUGUCCACGGGAGUACACUGGGAAAAUCUAAAGUGUAAAUCUUAGAUGCUUCAGAAAUAAUAAAUAUAUUGGAUCCGCAAUAAACACUUAAACAGAAA